GGUGGCAAGGGGAGGAAAAAGAAAACGCGAGAAACUAGUAAUGUCGUCUGCUGCAAUGGAGAUUUUCGUUUAGUCAAAGCAAUUUGACGUUCUUUUCGUCGAUUGAAAAUGGUUUUGCUGUCUUGGCACGUUCUAUUGUUUUAUGGUCGGUUCCUUUCUGCGUAAAUUUUCUGAGCAAGAGCGCACAGACGUCUUUGAAAGGAUGGUGUCACGACUGUUCUUGGCUCACGGAGAGCUUUGCGCCUCACACCCCUGGGAAGUGAUAGUGGCCACACUCACCCUAACAUUGUGCAUGCUGACAGUUGAUAGGCAGACCCAAGCCAGUCAGCUUCACAUUCAGGACAACUGCAAUGCCUACUGGAGAAAGAGCUGUCAUGAUGGGGAGGAAUAUAAUGCUAUUGAUGUCAUUGUUAUGACUUUGAUACGAUGUGUGGCUGUGCUGUACAGUUACUAUCAAUUCCGUAAUUUAAAGAAACUUGGGUCUAAAUACAUUCUUGGAAUUGCCGGCCUAUUUACUGUGUUUUCCAGUUUUGUAUUUAGUUCUAGUGUUAUCAAUUUCAUGUGGAGUGAUAUUUCUGAUUUUAAGGAUGCUCUCUUCUUCUUCCUGUUAUUAAUUGAUCUUUCCAAAACAUCAUUAUUAGCACAAUAUGCUCUAAGUUCCUCUACCCAAGAAGAAGUUAGGCACAAUAUUGCUCGAGGCCUUGCCCUUCUAGGUCCUACUAUUACUCUUGACACCGUUGUUGAAGCACUUGUCAUUGGUGUUGGAACUCUGUCAGGCGUUCGUCGACUUGAAGUUUUGUGCUGUUUUGGCUGCAUGUCUGUUAUUGUGAACUACGUAGUCUUCAUGACUUUUUAUCCAGCAUGCCUAAGUUUAAUUUUGGAGCUAUCAAGAUCAGCUGGAAUGGAAAGACCAGCAUGGGACAUAAAAGGUGCUCUCUCACAUGAAGAAGACCAAAAGCCAAACCCUGUUGUGCAAAGAGUCAAAGUUAUCAUGGCUGCAGGGUUGAUGAUGGUUCAUGCUCACAGCCGGUGGACACUGAGUGAGGCUCCUGUUCACACUGUGGACCCUCUCGUGUCUGCAGAACGCAUCCUCAACCACAACAGCACUGAUGAUGGCACCUUGCACACAUAUAUUAUGAAAUGGUUGACUGUAAGUGCUGAUCAGAUUGUUGUACUGAUACUCCUUCUAGCAUUAGCAGUCAAAUUUGUACUGUUUGAAAACCGCGAAGACCAGCUUCAAGUUUCUUCUGACAAAAUGGCUUCUGUUGCUGAUCGCAAAGAAACUAGUAGUGAUGGUCAAACGAGAGGGAGGGUAGUUUGGUGUGACAUUCGACAAGAUUCGGAUGAAAACUCUACCGAAGACAAGGAAGUUCAAACAGAACUACAUGAGGCAAGUGUUCCACCAAAUUUACCUGUGAUUGUCACACCAUCAAGUGAGUAUUCUGCAAAGGUUCCUCAAGAAGAAAAUACUCAGACUGAAGAAGAUGCGCCCCCUCGACCACUAGAGGAGUGCUUGGAAAUUUCAAAAAGGGGAGAUUCAGCUAAGCUCACUGACUCUGAAGUGGCUAAUCUUGUUUAUGCUAACCAUAUACCAGCAUAUUUGAUUGAAAAGGAAGUUGAUAAUCCAGAACGUGGGGUCGGAAUUCGCCGCAUGGUUCUUGCAAAGAGAGCAAGUUUUCAAAAACAACUGUCAAAUUUACCUUACAAGCACUAUGACUAUAGUCCUGUCAUGGGAGCAUGUUGUGAGAACGUAAUUGGCUAUAUGCCAGUUCCUGUUGGGUAUGCUGGCCCACUAAAUCUUGAUGGAGAACAUAUCUAUGUCCCUCUAGCCACGACAGAGGGUUGCCUAGUCGCAAGUACUAAUAGAGGCUGCCGUGCACUUCUAGAGUGUGGUGUUAAGUCUCAAGUAGUAGAGGAUGGAAUGACACGUGGACCAGUUGUGCGUUUGCCAACAAUGCAUCGUGCUUAUGAAGUGAAACAGUGGAUUUUUGAAAACUUUGAAGUGUUGAGGCAGAAGUUUGAUAAUAGUAGUCGCUUUGCACGUUUACAAAAGAUUUCAGUUCGUAUUGCAGGACGCUCACUGUACAUGCGUUUUACUGCCAGCACUGGUGAUGCUAUGGGAAUGAACAUGUUGAGUAAGGGUACUGAAUUGGCUUUAAAUGCAGUACAAGAAAUUUUUAAGGAUAUGGAAAUUUUAAGCCUCAGUGGAAAUUACUGUACUGACAAAAAGCCAGCCGCUGUAAACUGGAUAGAAGGUCGGGGUAAAUCAGUUGUAUGUGAGGCCAUAGUCCCUGCCAAAGUUGUUAGAGAUAUUCUGAAAACAUCAGUGGCAGCUCUGGUAGACGUCAAUACCAGCAAAAACUUAAUUGGCUCUGCUAUAGCUGGCAGUAUUGGAGGGUAUAAUGCGCAUGCAGCAAAUCUUGUGACAGCCCUCUACAUUGCCACUGGCCAAGAUCCUGCUCAAAAUAUUGGAAGUAGUAACUGUAUUACUUUGAUGGAACCAUAUGGCCAAGAUGGGGAAGAUUUGUACCUAUCUUGCACUAUGCCAAGUCUUGAACUAGGUACAGUUGGUGGAGGAACAGUACUUCCUCCUCAAGCUUCCUGUUUGGAGAUGCUUGGGGUAAAAGGACCCAACCCCAUGCCGGGUGAGAACGCUCGUAAGCUUGCCCGUAUUGUGUGUGCCACUGUUUUAGCAGGAGAGUUGUCUUUGAUGUCUGCUCUCACUGCAGGGCAUCUUGUUAAAAGUCAUCUUCGUCAUAACAGGUCCACUACAUGCUCUGGUCCUAUGGCAUCAUCACCAAUGAUGCCACAAUUCUUGACCCAGAGUGCUCCUUCCACUCCUGCUUUCAAAGUUCGACAGUGCAGUGGUUCAUGAAGCAGCAGCUCUAAAUCUCUUUUGUCUUCCUGGUGGACCAAAUCUUUUUCAUUGAAGGAGUACCUAUUUUUGUGCCCUCACUUUUCAUUGUAAACAAUUCAGACCGCAUUUUUUUUGUAAAGUUAUUGUUGUUUUCUUUUGCUGAAUUUAUGAGCUUAUCUAUUGUUGAGCAGGCGCGGAUCCAAGGGAGGAGGCGUUCGCCUACUAGGUAGUCAAAAAGUGUGCCCCCCCCCCCCACACCAACCUUUUAAGGAUGGAUCUGGAUCCGCUUCUGUUGAGUCAGCCUACACUACUUGUCUCUGUUAUUGCAGUUGUACAAAUUUAGAUUUUAAAAAACUUAGGGUACUUAUGUUAAUUUAAUUUAUUUAAAAUUGUUAUUUUACACAUGAAAAGUCAAUGUGGAGGUUAAUUAGGAAUGUCUUAUUUCCAUUACUGUUUCUUUGUGAGUGUCUAGUUUGUCUUGCCUUCUUUACUUUUAAUUAAAAGUGUCACUUUUAGUUUUUCAAAAAACCUUAAACACACAUUUUUCUCAGUGACUAUAUUUCUCCUCAUGUUUAAUCUACCCAUGAGAAUACUGAAUGCUUGGACAAUCUUACUGGUUUGCAUCUGUGCAAGAUCAGCAUGUUUUCUGAUGUACUGCUGCUAUGUUUCUUUCUUCUCGUGAUGUGAUUUAAUUUUCAAUUCACUUUUAUUACAGUAGUUUUGUUUAGGAUUUGAUUUCUGUUUAUAUAUAACCAUUGUUUAGACCAAAGUUACCAGCAUGGAUGUGAAUAAUUUUUGGAUGCUGAGUAAUAAUGUAGAUGUUGGGUAAGGGUUGUUUCUGUAGUUUUAUGAAAUGACAAUAUUUGUCCUGCAAGCAUGAUUGCAAAACUUAACACACUGUGUGCCAUUCAGUGUAUGAAAUCCUUUUUUAAGGAAGGACUUUGCUUGCUGUGAUGUUUAUUUGCAGUAAUCUUAGUAUCUUGGUCAGUAAUCAAUCAAACAUCAAAAUACCGUCUAAUUUUUAAAUUUUCCCUCAGACACUGUACUGUACUUGGAGACUAUGCACCUGCAGUUUGUGAAUAAGUCAAUUCCCUAGGGUUUUUAGUAAUAACUAUAGCAUGUGGCCAUGAGGUGGGCUUAGUCUGGAUUGUUGUUAAAAACUAAGCUAGUGCAAGUCUUAGAUAAUGGAUUGAUUAAGUGGCAAGUAUAGUUACCAUUAGUGACUCAUUUUGUAGCAUUAAUUUGAAUUGGAGAAAAUUAUUACUACUUAGCAGACCUUUAAUCCAUGUCUAACCAAUAUUUUACAUACAUCAACUUUAUGUUGUUUUUCUUUUUAUGUUCUGGAAAUUUAUUAAAACUUUCUCUUUACUCUAGAUGUAUAUUUAGGUUGACAAGGAAUAGGAUGGAAAAUGAGAUUCAAGACUUAUCAGGGAUAUUUCAAAAACUUCAAAAUAGCUAAUAACCAAGAAAUCUGUUUUUGGCCAUAAUUAUUGGAUAAGUCCCUGUAUCCUUUUUGCAUCAUUUAAAUAUGUGCCAUUUUUGGUUUAGGUGGGGUUUUUCUCUUCCUUUUUCUAUUGGAUACAGGCUUAGAACUGUAAUAUUGUAUCUAUUUAUUUUAAAUGUAAGCAGAAGGCAUUGGUUUUCUUCUACCUAUGAUGUGAUAUGCUGUUAUGUCUACAUUAAUUUUUCAUAUUGCCCAUUGCACAAUUUACCAUGUGUUGUUACGCAUGUGAUGAACACAGGAGUUUGUAGAAUUGAUAUCUGAUCAUUGCUGUUGAAUUUUUAAGUCAGACUAACACCCCUCCAAAUUGUUAUGUAUAUAGUAAGAGAUAUAUGCUAGGUUUUUCCUACAUUCCAUCUGGAACUAUAAUUUUGGAGAUCGACUUUUUACACCUAAAGUAAAUUCUCAAGUCACAAAACAAAGUAAAUCAAUCUGGCCAUGUCUAGCUUCAAACAAAGAGACGGGUAGAGAUUUCAAGUGAUAAUUAUUCAUGUACUUACAUUUGAUUGUGUGUAUUAUCUAAUGGUUUCUCAAAUUUUAUACUUUACCUAUGCAUUGUGGUGUUGAUUGUAUUGUCAUGAGCAACUUUUUAAAAUGUAGCUCAUAUUUGGACUAUUUUAAAAGUGCCAGUAGUACUUGCUGUUAUAAUUGUAGAUUAGAAUGUAGACAAUGGAACUGUACAGAAAAGGUUAUUGAUGAAAAUUAAUGUUGAGCUUUUAAGUAUUCUCCAAGACUGCGUCUGCACUGUUACAAAAAAAAAUUGCAAUAAUAUCAAGUCUAUGUAAA